AUGAGUCCAAAAUAUUGGGGUGAAACUUUCCCAGCAUGUAAUGGACGGAAACAAUCGCCGAUUGAUAUUGUGACUGCAGAUGUUGUAAAAGAUAAAAAUCUAGAGAGACUGCAGCUUACUAACUACGACAAACCACUUACAAGAGCUAUUUAUGAAAAUAAUGGAAAUUCAAGUUGUCUUAUCUGUUGCACCAACAACAAUGACAGCCCAUUUAUCUUUAAGAAAAUGACCAUUCCUCUAGUCCAGAGGUUAGUUUUACUCCCAUGCUGUUUUCUAGAAGAAGAAAAUAACACGUGGAAUACGAAAGAUGAAAGAGACCGCGAUCACUUACUUGCAUUUGGUUACCGCAGGUGGAUAGCCUACCCGCGAAUCGGGUUUGCUGCCACUGUGUUACAUUUUGUGCACACAGAUGCAAAGGGACGCAUUGCCGUAGUUGGUGUAUUCUUUAAGUCAACCAUUUUCAACAACACUGGUAUGCGACCAAUUUCGGAUAUGCUACAAUCCCUUCUGUAUAAGGGUACGGAAUUAGAUGUAAAAGGUGAUAUCAACUUAGAUAAGUUGGUCAAAAACGGUUGCUCUUACUAUCGUUACGAUGGUUCUCUCACAACUCCUGGAUGCGAUGAAGGGGUUAUCUGGAUAAUUUUCAAAAACCCUCUUAGAAUUGGAUUUUUACAGCUUACUGAAUUCCGACAGGUUUAUUCAGUAGGAAAAACUAAUGGGGUGGACAUUAGUGAAUGCAAAAUAACUGGUAAUCACAGACCAAUUCAACCAAUUAACAGCAGAACAAUCAGAUCUUCAGUAUGAAAUAAUUAAGGAGCAUUUUUUAUACAUUAAAACUAUUAUUAUUAUAUUAAUUUGUUAAAUAAUGUAUUAAUAAAAUUUUGAUGCCAAA